AUGUCAGUCGACGAAGAAGAUAGCGUCUCGGAAGAUGAAGACGAUGGGGUCUCAGACGAUGAAGAGGAUGAGAACUCAGAAGAUGAAGACGAUAGGCUUCCACAAGAGAAAUGCGGGCUCUCAGACCAGCAAUACGUUGAGCUUCUAAGAGAUGACCACGACGGGCUUCUUGAGGAGUCCGCUCAGCUCCGGGAGGAGGAAGCCGGUGAAAUUCUAGAAGAAGAAGCCACUGAAGCUGCCUGGCCUACAUGUUGUCCAUACCUUACGGAUGGCCUACCCAGGGAACUUCGCGACAUGAUAUACGGCUACGUCUUCGAAGAUUCAUGCGUCCAGCUUGAUGCGGAGCAUUCGGAGCACGCAUGUCCCACUACUCAUUCCCAGAACUCUUACAGGCAACUGAUAGACUUCAAAUUCUUCGCUGCCGAUACUGGGAUAAAGAACGAGCUGGCUGAGAUGUGGUACAAAAUGACGACCUUCUGGACCACAGAUCCCAGCACGAUCAGUUCUUGCCUCUCUCGGUUUAAAUGGAGUGCUGUUUUAGAGGCUAGGCCAUUCGGCCUGGUCCGAAACGUCGAAAUCUGGGUACCUGUUGACGUCACUCAAGGAAUUCUCGAAGAGACCCCCGAUUUGGCAAGAGCUGAUCCUCUAUUCCAGCUUCAUGAGACUACAACCGUUAGGUUCGCUCUAGGAGGUCCCGAUUCCAUGGACACUACUUUCCCAGGCCGCGGCGUGCCUUACUACAACGCAGAGGAUUAUGCGGAGAACAUAGAGUAUCUGUUCCCACUCUUUGCGAAUCUGAGAGCUGCGCUUCGAGCCCGGCGCUAUCGGAACGAGCACCACAACCGGGGUGCGGAGAAGACAGAGGCGUUCAUCACUGAAGCAAACGAGCUGUGCGUGUAA